GAGAGGGAGAGAGAGAAAGAGAGAGAGAGAGAGAGAGAGAGAGAGAGACCCAACCAUAAGGAGAGAAGUGGGGAAUAAGACAACAACCGAAAAGGCAGAUAGUGAUACAUAACAAUUAAGAGCAUGGCGCAUUAAGAGGAGGAAAAGCAGAGAUAAAUCUGGAUUUCUCACAAGAAAGGGAACAAGAAUAAAAGCAUCAGCAUCGCUCAACCACUUAAGGACGUGGAUGAAAAAAGAGAGAGGGAAAGGGAAAAGAAAGGAGGAAAAUAAUCAGAUCACUUGUUUUUUUUUCAUGGUCCGUGUGCGCACUUGCUGUUGGUGAGAGUGUACGUAUGUAUGUGUGCAUAUGGGAAGAGACUGCAUUGCUGUUCACUAGCAGAGGCAUCAGGAGAGAAACAAGCUGAAUCCCUCUUUUUUUCUUUCUCUCUCUCUGUUUCUGUAUUGCACUGUGCGGCAGGAGCAUGUUGGGUGGGUUGGGUACAGACGACAAGCUGAGCCAGCCAGAAGUGAUGGAUCUGUAAAGCUGGAAAUGGUGUCGGAUCUGGCCAGCGGCUGACUGUUAGCUGUGUUACCUGGGGUUUCUAGGUGGAGCCUGGUGGUGCUCAGCUGCCAGGGAGCGCUAAAGAGUGGCUGGGAGAGUGCCGGCGGUGGGGCCCUGUGUGGAGGGAGGGGGAAAGAACCCAAAACCUGGAGAAGGAGGGUUUUCUGCAUCUGUGUCAGCAGGGAAGUCACAUGGCUGGCAUAGGCCUUUUCCCAUUUGUGAGCUGCGGCUGUAGGAGAUUGGACUGGGAGUGACAGUGAACCACAGCUCCAGGAUAAUGGUCUGAAGAGGCUCACGCUGCUCCGGCCUCACAGGAGGGACCCUACACUCUGGGGGCUAUUUUUCUUUUUCUUCUUUAAGUCAACCCAGGGGAUUUGUAUGUGUGUCUUCCUCCCCCUCACACCUCAUCAUCACCAACUCCGACCCCAACUGUGUUUUUUCUUUUUUUGAGAUUUGGGGGAUUUGCCAAAACCUAUUUCAUGCAUGUCCACUGGGGGCAGGUUCAACUUUGAUGAUGGGGGGUCAUACUGUGGCGGGUGGCAGGAAGGCAAAGCCCACGGCCAUGGCAUCUGCACUGGGCCGAAGGGCCAAGGCGAGUACUCAGGGUCCUGGAGCCAUGGUUUUGAGGUGGUGGGGGUGUACACCUGGCCCAGUGGGAACACCUACCAGGGCACCUGGGCGCAAGGCAAGCGCCAUGGGAUUGGGGUUGAGAACAAGGGCAAGUGGGUGUACAAGGGGGAGUGGACAAGUGGAUUUAAGGGACGCUACGGCCUCAGGGAGAGCACCGGCACCAGCGGGAAGUACGAGGGAACCUGGAACAACGGUCUUCAGGACGGAUACGGUACGGAGACCUACUCUGAUGGAGGUACGUACCAGGGCCAGUGGCUGGGGGGGAUGCGACAGGGAUACGGCCUGCGGCAGAGUGUGCCGUACGGCAUGGCAGCCGUCAUCCGCUCUCCGCUGCGUACCUCCAUAAACUCCUUGCGCUCGGAGCACAGUAACGGGAUGGCUCUGCUCCCGGACCGGGCCGGCGUGGCGUGCGUGGGUGGGAUGGGCUCUGCUGGCAGUCCGGCCGUGUCGCGGGGGGGCUUCGUGCUCACGGCACCCAGCGAGGCAGAGCUGCUGAAGGGCAAGAAGAAGGGUCUGUUCCGAGGUCGCUCGAUCCUCAGUGGACUCAAACUGAGGAAGUCCGAGUCCAGGAGCUCUCUAGCCAGCCAGCGCUCCAAGCAGAGCUCGUUCCGCAGCGAGGCGGGCAUGAGCACGGUCAGCUCAGUCAACUCCACCAUCAGCCUGGGAGAAGGCGAGGCCGAACUGGCCGCUGCCGAGGAUGAUGUGGACGCCACGGCAACAGAGACCUACUGCGGUGAGUGGAAGAACGACAAGCGCACAGGCUUUGGCGUGAGCCGGCGCUCGGACGGCCUGCACUAUGAGGGGGAGUGGGUGGGAAACAAGCGGCACGGGUACGGCUGCACCACCUUCCCUGACGGGACCAAGGAGGAGGGCAAGUACAAGCAGAAUGUCCUGGUGAGCGGCAAGAGAAAGAACCUGAUCCCCCUCAGAGCCAGUAAGAUCAGAGAGAAGGUGGACCGGGCUGUGGACGCGGCCGAGAAGGCUGCAGACAUCGCCAAGCAGAAGGCUGAGAUCGCCAUGUCCAGGACAGCCCAUGCACGAGGGAAGGCAGAGGCGGCCAUGGGAGCAGCCCAGAAGGCCCAGGAAGAGUGUCGCCUCGCCAGGGUCACGGCCAAAGAGUUCUCCCCCUCCUUCCAGCACCGCAAAAACGGAGUAGAGGUCCAAAGGCCAAAACAUCAGAACUCCAGUGAGAACGACAUUGAGGUGGUCUCCAGUGGCACAGGGCCAGACAGUCCUGAACUCUACAUGAAGGGCACUACACCCCCAAACUUGACCCCUGACCUUAGCCCUGAGGCCAGCCACCCCUCCUUGCCCCCCUGCAGCCCUGCCACCACCAAGCCACACUGCACCAAGAACGCUCGCUUCCUGCGGCAGAGUGCUGUGGACGAUGCUGGGUGUGGUGGCGGUGGGGGAGGGGGCAGUAGUGGGCAGGAGAUCCAGGUGCUGAUGGAGGGGCGCGGAGGGGGGGAGUACCUUAGGGCCAACAGCUGGAGCGAGGACAAGGACAAGCACUCUUAUAAAGGGGGCAGCUGGGGCAGAAAUCGCUCUACCACCCCCUCUGUCCAAGAGGAAGCCAGGGGCAGUGGGCGCACAAAUGGCCAUGGCCACAAGCACGCCUCCUCCAAUCACAAGUCUCGAGAGCAUGGUUCGUCCAAUCACAAAGCCUCCAGGGACCGGUGGUCGGACUGCCCAUCAGCAUCGUGGAGGUCCCAGCGGACGCACAGCAGUGACACACGACUGCUGGAGCAGGAUGAGGAGAAGCUGAGCAACUACGAGAUGGAGAUGAGGCCACUGCAGCCGAUGGACUCCAACUCCCAGAAGCCCUAUGGGCUGGGAGAGGAGGGCCAUAGCAACGGGGGCGAAGCCCACUCCCACACGCUGCAGAGACAGCGGCCUAGUAAGAGCCGGGAGGCCAGGGAGGGCCAAGACAUGGAGGCGGCACGGCCUUCAGGGGCGCGGGAGAGUAAAGAGGGCAAGGAGGGACCGGCCCCAGACUCAAUGCAAAAGAUGGACAGUCUGCGCAAGGAGGACAAGCUGGAGGCUAGGCCUCUGCGCAGGGAUCUCACCCUCUCCCCCCCACAGAAAUCCUCACCCAUUGCACUAGAACACGACGAUGACAAGAAACUGACCCAGCUCAAAGCAAACUCGAGCUCCAGCUCAAUUCUGGUCGUCAUGGUGAUUUUGCUCAACAUUGGAGUCGCAAUUUUGUUUAUCCACUUUUUUAUUUAAACAUGUAUUGACUAUUGAUUCCUUUUAUGAUUAUACAUUAUUAUGAGUAUUAUCAUGACUAUCAGUAACCAGAUCUUGACCAUUUGACACUUCUGUAAAGAAUAUAGUAAGAGGAUAAACAAUAUGGAGAUACAAAUGGUUCCCAAUGCCCAGAUUUCAGAUAAGCAGUUAUCUGCAAAACAUCUGCAAAACAUUUAGGAUUUCUCUCCCUGAAAUUACCUGUUCUUCUUCUUAAAUCAUAGUUUAAAAAUGUAUAAUUAAAAUGAUUCAUUUGCUCACAUAUGACAUGUUAAUAUAUAUGAUUUUGUAUUCCUUAAUUGCCUUUUGUCUCUGUUGAUAUUGCUGAUGUUCUUUUGAUUGAGUUUGUUUCUGGUGGUAGUCUCAGAUGAGUGGUGGCACUGCCUGUAUGAUGGUGUAGUGGGUCAAAUGAGGCAGAAGAUAAUGUAUCUACUCUGGUUGUGACUGUGUCCACCUGACCUGGGUUCAAAUACUAUUUAAUAAUAUUUUUAAAUACUGUAUCUGUGCUUGAUUGAGCUUACUUGUUGCAGUGGAAACAAUAGAAAAGUCCCAAAAGUGCAAAACCAUGCCUACCUGACAGUCGAGGCAGGCCCAAGCAAAUGCUGAAAGUAUUUGAAAGAUUUCUAGUAGUAUUUGAACACAGGUGUUGUCCACCCAGUAAUACAAGGUCCAAAGGGAUGGGAAACGGCCCCCUGUCCCCUGUCCCCUGUCCCCUGUCCCCUGUCCCCUGUCCCCUGUCCCCUUUCCCCUGUCCUACCCAGUGCCCUCCGAACCCACCCCAUCCUCUACCCCUGCACAUAUCACCCUUCUGGCACGUUGUUCCCCUUCACGAUUAUAAGUUCAGCCUCUCACCACCCAUCCUUCCCCUUCCCGGUAGUCCACUCAUGACAUCACACCAUAUCUUGUUACCCUCUUUUCCUUGUUUCAUGUAACUCUCCUUUCAUUUUAUACCCCACCGUGCUCCUCAAAUCAUAACAACCAACCAUUUCCACCAAGACUUCAUUUUGUUUGUUUCUUUCAUAAAAAUAUGAUUAAAUAAAAAUAGGGCUGCAAAACAACUUUUGCAACUACAGAAUCUGGUCAGCAACAGGACAUGUUUACAAUCUGAAAAACCAGGAUGACCAAUACAAAUUUGCCUCUAACAACUAUAACACCAUACCUAUCUAUGCUAGUAAACCGUUUGUAAAUUUAGCAAAUUGGGUUACCAAGAUUGAAACAUGCGCGAGGAACUACUCUUUAUCAAGUCUAAUCCGUCCGCAACCGGAGUAGGAAUACUUCUGUCUGAAAGGACUUCAUCCAGGUCUCUAAUGUAAAAGAUUCUCUCUGUAGUCGACAACAAAAGUCUCUAAUGUAAAAGAUUCUCUCUGUAGUCGACAACAAAAGUCUCUAAUGUAAAAGAUUCUCUCUGUAGUCGACAACAAAAGUCUCUAAUGUAAAAGAUUCUCUCUGUAGUCUACAACAAAAGGAUCAUUGAUCAUGAUCUAAAGGAAAGAACUCUCAAACACACACACACUGUACAAUUCCAUGUACACAACAGGUACAAGACUCAUGCACGUCUGUCCAGUGGAGUUUUUACACGCUAGAUUUGUAUAAAAUAUUGACAUUCCAACCAACUUCAUCAGUAUCUCUCUGGUCUUUAAUGUACAGGUUGAACUUCAUAUGAGGACUAUAGGGCAUGACAUUCUGUCAGUUGUCAUCUAACUGCCCCUUUGGCCCCAACAGAGUCUCUCUCUCUUUCUCUUUCUCAUUACAGUAUAAUGACUAAAGGUUUCUACCCAAACCUCACCCCACACACCUGGUCUGGAGCCACUGGCUCCCCGUACAGUAAGAGACGGGUGUGCCCAAGUACAAGUUCAGAGACUGUUACGUGUCAAACUGCUGCUUUCAAAACAACGAUUUCACAAGACAGAAAAAAAUCAUCAACAUGUUUAGCUAUUUGCAAGACGCCUGAAAAAACGCCAACUGCCUUGUUUUAUAAAGUAAGAAAAAAAAUAUUCUAAAAUGCAUGGUCAAGUAUGUUUUAGAUUUGUAUACAUUUUUUUUAAAAAAAAAACGAAAGAAAAUAAAAACAUUUUAAAAUGUCAUCCCAAUGAGGAAAGGUUGUCUUUUACUGGCUUUGCCAAUUUCCUCUUAGUUGUGAGCAAGCAGAAUCUUUCCAGGUGUUGUCCAGUACUGUUCUGAAAAGCAGAAUCUUCCAUAGGAUAGCCUGGGCUGGAGCUAUAGUACGGUACAGUAAAGGAAUCAGACAGUCUACUGCAUCCCACUGCUUCUCCAUGACCAAGUCCACAUCUUAGACGGAACUAAACAAGAGAGGGAAAAAAACAGACAAACUAAGAGAGAAAUGUUUUGUGUAUCUUUUAUAGCUGGCUAACUAACUCAAAGACUCUGAGACAUUUAUAGCAUGUCUGUAAUGGGCUAGUACCCCCUCCUGAUUGUCCUGGUCCUCCAGUCAGUAAUCAUUCACAAUCUACAGUAUGUGUGCUCUCUUCUCUUCCUCCCAUACCUCUCCGUUUCUCUAUCCAGCAAAGUCAAACAGAGCUGCCGAUGUGAAGGAAUGAAAGCUGGGGCCAAAUGCUUGGAGUUAUAUUUUUCAAGAACGUUUGCGCAAGUGGAGGCUGCUGAGGGGAGGACGGCUCAUAAUAAUGGCUGUAUCGGAGUAAAUGCCAUUCCACUAAUUCCGCUCCAGCCAUUAUCCACGAACCCAUCCUCCCCAAUUAAGGUGCCACCAACCUCCUGUGGUUUGCUCCCCCAGUCUUGACUUACUGAGGUACUGUUGGAAACUGGACUGAUACUGUAAGAUGGUUAAGGCAUAUUAUGGGAAAUGGUUCACUGAUUCAAAGAAUAACUAUGAAUAUUGGUCCAGCGGGUCUUGAUGCUGAGAGGUGCAGAGGUGAUCUACCUGUUCCUGUGGUUUUUCUACCAUUCCGACUGGAAGUACCCAUCACCUUGAGAGCCCAUCGCAUGCCCAAGCAUGCCCAGUUCUUUUUCUCUCUCCUCUCCUCUUUUAUUUAUUCACUUUUUGGGGGUCUGUUUGUUUUUGAGUUUUGUGGAGAAAAUAAUGAAAGUGUUUGAAAGAAAACGCAUUGUUUGUGGUUAUUGAAUCCUUGUCUUCUCCCUCUUUCUUCAAGUCUUAUUUUGCUCAGAUCUUCUCCAACUUUGAUAUUGUAUUAUUCACUCAAUUCUUUCCAUAUACAGAAACUGUACUGAUGAUAU